AUGCAGACUUCUUCUACAAAACAUUUGUGAAAGAAUGGGUCGCUCUCAGGAACUAAGUGAAUUAAAGCGUGGUACUGUGAUAGGUUGCCACCUGUGCAAUAAGUCCAUCUGUGACAUUUCCUUGCUAUUAAAUAUUCCACAGUCAACUGUUAGUGGUAUUAUAAUAAAUUGGAGGCAACUGAGAAUGACAGCAACUCAGCCACAAAGUGAGAGGGGUCAGCGCAUGGUGAAGCACACAGUGUACAGAAGUCACCAAUUGUCUGCAGAGUCAGAUGAGCACAACAGUGAGAGCUUCAUGGAAUGGGAAACAGCUGCAUCCAAGCCUUAC